GAGUUCUUCUUGGAGGAACUGCAAGAGGUCAGUGAACUGCAAGAAGCAUGGACGGCCGUGGACGGCGCGGCCGUCCCCGUGCUGCGCCGCAGAAACGCCGCCGCGCUCGAGAAGAGCGCGCGGCGGAAGGGGUCGGUGCACAGCCUGGGAUGCCUCCACGCGCGAGCGCUGGGCGAAGAAGAGCACUUGGUGGUGCGAGGUUGGGCGAUGUGGGCCGGAAAAGAAGGAGCAGCGCGGUGUGGUGUGGGGUGGUUGAAGGUUGCCAGAUGGAGCUUUUGA